GAUGGUGCUGAGUUUGCUUACAUACGAUUUGCUGAUACUAACGCCGCAACUGACGCUUGUCGAGCUAUGAAGAACUUCCCAUUGGGUGGAAGAGAUCGUUGUAUAAUGGUCGAUUUUGCCAAAGACGAUACCACCAAAGACAGUAACGGUAGUGUCUUCGGGAGAAAAAGACGGGCCACAAAAUCUCCUCCGGGAGGUCCACGAACUCCUCCAGGGUCUCCCAAGCCUGUAGUCAAGUCUUUCGAGGAGCUAGACGAAGAAUAUGCCACUACUUGGCAGGGCCAGGUCCUACUGAAGAAGACGGAGUAUAGUAUAAGACUGUACAGAAUUGGAGGUACGGAAAGACUGAUUCAGAAGCUAUUGCGCGAUGAUGAUGGGAAUGCAGUGAAGUUGCAUGUCACUCAGAGACUAGCUUUGACUGGCCAAGAAGGUCUUUUGGAAAGGCUGACGAAUUCAUCUAGUAAGCAGCUCAGCCUUAUGAUAGCCGUUGGGAAGCAACUUGAUGAUAUACGACCGUUAGUUAGAUAUUUAACAGAAAAAGACGCCGCAGGAGUUGUAACUGUCACCGGUGGUCUUCUCUACAUAUUCCCUCACAGCGAUAUGUCGACGAAGUUGUUGAACCAUUUCGCGCCUACAGUUCGUCUCAUGUCCGAUGGCUGUCCAUUCCUGCUCUUUGUGCUGGGCUUGAAAACUACAUCAGCUUCGAAUACACCGGAACCCUGA